AUGGCAGAAAAUGAAUUGGCCUUGGUAAAUAAGGUUGAGCUUCGUAUAGCAUUGGCAGAAGAUGACAAGAAAUUCGAAGAAACAUUGAAUUUAUAUCUAGCUCCGUUACUCUUGAAAUUAAGUAGUCCUUAUACUGAAGUAAGACAAGCUAUAUUGAAGAUAAUUCAGUACUUAAUUCCUCGAAUUUCUGCAGCAAGAACUAUCAAAUUGCCAGUUAAUGCAUUAUUAGAUCAGGUUAAAAAUCCCAAACUUCCAGCUGGAGAAGGUCCUCCAUUAGUAAGAUUGUACUCGUUGCUACUUAUAUCAAGAUCUAUUGAGAGGUUGUCGCCGGAAGAAAAGAUGAAUUUGGUACCGAAAGUCAUCGAGCAUAUAAGUACAUAUCCUACAAGUGUAUCUUCAAGAUUAUUUAAUGUAUUUUGCAAACUUUUGGAGUCUUGGAAAGUUCCAGAACGAGAUUCAAAAGAGUAUAAUGAAAUGAACAAGUUUCUACAGUUUGAUAAAUACCCUCAAGAUGAACAAUUUCUCGCCAAUAUGAUAGGCAAAUUUUUACUAUUGCAACCCAACUCGACUGCCAACCCACUUCAAUCUCCUGGUUUAAGCAUAAAAGAUACCUCUUUUUUUACACAAGAUGCUGGUGUUUCCUAUAAAUCAUCACAGGAAAUAUAUUCUGUCAAGAUACGCCUAUUAGAAUUUCUUAAAUCUGGUUUUCAACCGAAAAAUAUAGCUAUUCCCUUAUUGAUUGCAUCUUGUGAUUCGUCAUCUUCAAUAAGUGAUCCGUCAGAAAUUCUUUUUAGAAAACUUGAUUUAAAUCUUGAAGAUUCGUCAUUUAUUGAUUCAUUGAUAGAAUUAUUUCUUGGCUCAUCUGAAACUUUUAUUCCGCCUGCAAGGCCCGUAUUGCAAGAAAAGAUUUUAUCACUAUUAGUAAAAAGCAAGCUAGCAGCUCAGCACACGGAUAUAUCAAAACUAUCCAGCGUUGCAUUGGCGUCUGAUUAUCCCAAAUUAAAAAGAACAGCCGUUCAUUUUAUAAAAUGGGUAAGUAAAAAUAAUGGGGAAAACCAAAGCCUUGAGGCAGUUAAAGAAUUUAAUAUUGAUAUGGCUUCUCAACUCAGAAGUAAUUUAAUGGGCGAAGGUUGGCCACGAAUAGAUAUGGCGGGUGUCAGAAACUAUUCUUCAGCUAUUUCUCAACGACUGUUACAAUACGAAGCAUUAGGCAAUAUUUUGAAGUCUAAUCCUGAGUUAAUAGUUCAUGAUUUUACGUACUUUGAGUUUUUAUUUCAGUCCCUUGAAGGAGAGGAAUCUGAUUUGAGAUCCGCUAUUCAAGAUGCGCUCUCUGGGUUAACAACUCAUUUACCAAAUAUAUCUUCUACUUCCAAAAAUAAACUCAAAUCUUUGGCCAAGCAAUAUCUAAGCUUUGAUAACGUUGAAUCAAAAGAAAACUUACAAUCAUGUCGCUACAUUGCAAUCAAAUAUAUAAAUUGUGCUUUUCCGUUUAGUGAUUCAGAAGCCAGAGUUUUAUGUAUUCUUGGAACAUCGAAGGAUAAUCGACCAGAUACUGUUGAAGAAGCACAGAAGGGACUUCACCCACAUUGGUUUAAUAUUUUGCAAUCUUCUAAUACUCUAGAAUUCAAGGCCACUUCUGAUUUGCUAGGAAGUAACUCUAAUGUAGAAUUUCCAUCGUUUUCUGAUAUUGUGUUCACAUUGAAGAACGAAUUGGAUACCAUUAAAGGUCAAGAGAAUGCAAAAUUAUUGGGUUGCAUGGGAUGCAGUAUUCAAUUUAUUCUCCAUACUUUGGUUAUGCAGUCAAUUGCUGAUAAGUUAACAGUCAUUGUUCUAGAUGAAGAAUGGUUAAUAAGAAUUGAGAAAGCUGUUGAAGUUGAUAAGACCGUUAUAAGUUGUUUGGUAAAAGAAAUUAGGUUGGUUUCUCAAGAAGACGCUAUAAUGGAUGAGACUUCUAAGUCUCACGAAAGCUCUUUCAGUGUAUUCUUAUCGAUCAUAUUUGAUUGUUUUGUGGGUCAAUAUAGAAAUAAUAAUAAGAUAUUAUCCAAUAUUACUUAUGGUACCACAUUUACGAAACUAAUCUCAUUAUCUCCUCCAAAGGUUAUUGAAAAACUAUCAUCAUUUUUGACUGAUUUAUUACUGAUAUCUAACAAUAAAUCACUAAAUGAAUCUUCAUCGGUACAGAUUGCUAAAUCGAUCGGAAUUAUUGCAAGUCAUCCAAUUAAUGAUAAUUCAGUGGUUAAUGAAUUACUUAAUAAACUAGUAAUAGAAGAAUUGCAAGAUCUGUUAUCAAAGAACAAAUUGCUUUCGGCUGGUUAUUUAUUUUCUAGACUAGCUCUCCGCAAAAGAAUUCAUUUUAUUGACACUGAAUUACCAGCUAUAUUUUGUGAAAAGCUUGUUGAUGCUCUUAAAAAUCUCAAUACGCAUAACGUUGCAUUGGAUUGUAUUUCGCAGUUAGCCAUAUUUGGUGUUUUAGGCCCAAAGCUUGAAGUAGAUAUUAGAGUGACAGCUUGUGUCAGUAAAUUCAUUGAAGAAAUUAAAAUAAGAGCCAAAAAGUGUGAUGAAAAGUCUGUUUUAACAUUAUCGUAUCUUGCAAUGGCUUGUAAUGAUACAACAAACACAGAACAACUCGAUCAGUAUGAGGAAUUGGUAUAUGAUACACAUGUGUCCAAACAGAUUGAAUAUGUAUUUACAAGUGGAGAAGCUUUUACUAUUCUAGCAGCUGGUUGGGAUUCUAAAGUACUUGAAAGACAAAUGGAUAUUCAAGAUGAGUCUAUCGAAUAUAUUCCCGUGAACACCUCAAGGCUUCCGUUUAUUUUGAAAAUGACUUUACAAUCUUGUAAGAAUACGAAACCCUCCUUGCGAAAAGCAGGAUGUAUCUGGUUGUUAUCGUUGGUUCAAUAUUGCGGUCAUCUCAGUGAUGUUAAAGACCGUGCAACGGAAAUUCAUCUUACGUUCAUGAGAUUUUUAGCCGACAGAGAUGAGCUAGUUCAAGAAUCAGCAUCUCGUGGUUUAAGUAUUGUUUAUGAGAUGGGAGAUUACGAUUUAAAAGACACUUUAGUCCGUGGCUUGUUAAAAUCUUUCACUGAUUCCAACUCAUCGGCAUUAGCAUCAGGGACAGUUGGUCAUGAGACUGAGUUAUUUGAACCUGAAUUAUUGAAGACAAACGACGGUUCAGUAUCAACUUAUAAGGAUGUUUUGAAUUUAGCCUCUGAUGUUGGUGAUCCUAGUUUAGUUUAUAAAUUUAUGUCCUUAGCAAAGUCGUCUGCUUUGUGGUCUUCAAGAAAAGGUAUGGCAUUUGGGUUAGGAUCAAUUUUAUCUAAAUCCAGCCUUGACGAAUUGAUAUCCUCUAACAAGGGACUUGCGAGUAAGUUGAUACCUAAACUAUACAGAUAUAGAUAUGACCCAAACUCAUCAGUUUCUAAAUCAAUGAAUGACAUAUGGAAUGCAUUGAUUAAGGAUUCGUCGAAAACAGUUAAUGAUAAUUUCGAUUUAAUUCUAAAUGAAUUAUUGAAAGAAAUGGGUAACAAAGAAUGGCGUGUUCGACAAGCAAGUACUGCAGCCCUCAACGACUUGUUACAAACAGUUUCCUUGGAAGCGUAUGAAGAAAGACUAGAGCAAAUAUGGAGUAUGAGUUUCAGGGCGAUGGAUGAUAUAAAGGAAAGUGUCCGUAAGGAAGGGUCUGGCUUGACGAGAUCAUUAGCAACAACAUUGACAAGAACAGCCGACGUUAAAUCAGGCGCAUCUACUAACAAAGCAAAGAAAGUCCUCUCUAAUUUGAUACCAUUUUUGUUAGGCUCUAAGGGAUUACUUUCAGAUGCUGAAGAUAUUAAGAAGUUUGCAUUAGAAACGGUAUUAAAGUUAUGUAAAGUAGGAGGAUCAGCAAUCAAAUCGUUUAUACCGGAUUUACUUGAUAAUUUUAUUGGCCUCAUGUCAUCAUUAGAGCCUGAAGCGGUUAAUUAUCUCGUAUUGAAUGCAGAUAAGUAUAAUAUGAAGAGCAAUGAUAUUGAUGCGCAAAGAUUACAGAGUCUUGGACAUUCACCAAUGAUGGAUGCAAUUGAAAAAUUAUUAGACUCAUUAGAUGAUUCUUUAAUGCCAAAAACAGUACGAAUCUUGCAGCAAUCGAUUAAAAAAUCAAUAGGCUUACCAUCGAAAGUAUGCGGUAGUAGGGUACUAGUAAGUUUAGUUGUAAAGCAUCUUGAACUUAUUAAGCCUUACGGUGACCAAUUAUUAAAGAUAUGCAUUAAUCAACUUAAUGACAAGAACGAUACUAUUGCGUCAUCUUAUGCUACGGCUGCAGGGUAUUUGUGCCGAAUUUCAUCGAUUGAUAAAAUUGUCGAAUAUUCCAAAGUGUUGCUGAAACUUUACUUUGAAGGAGACGAUGAUAGAAGUAGAGAAAUCGCGGGUAUUGGUAGUGAAAGCAUGUCAAAGUAUUCUGGUGAUAAGUUUGAAUUAGUUUUAUCAGCAUUCUUGCCGUUAACAUUUAUUGGAAAGCAUGAUAAUGUCAAAUCGGUCAAACAGCCAUUUGAAAGAGAAUGGAUCGAAAAUACAUCUGGAAAUAACUCUAUUAAAUUGUACAUGAAAGAAAUUUGUGACAUAUGUGAAACCUAUUUGAAUUCUAAUCAAUAUGGAAUAAGAAAAACUAUUGGCAAAGCCAUAGUAGCAUUAUGUAAUUCUAUUGAAGAAACUUCGGCUUUUCCGCAACAUAUCAUGAAUGAAUUAUUCAAAAUCUUGAUUAAAGCAUGCAAGGGAAAAUCUUGGUCUGGGAAAGAAUUAAUAUUAGAAUCGCUCAUAUCAAUUUCCAUAAAAUCCAAAAUGUUAAUUAAUAAUGACAAUGACUUGUUCGACAGAGUAAACAAAGUGGUUUUGACAGAAGCUAAGAGAAGAAAUAAAGAAUAUCAAAAGCACUCGGUUAAACUAAUGGGCAAAUACUUAAAAGAAUUUCCCUCUAAUGAAUUAAUAGGAUCAUAUGUGGAUUUAAUGACUGACUUGCUAUCUGAUGAUUAUUAUGAAGAUUCAGACGAUGAAAUGGAAGAUGUUAAGUCUAGUAUAUCAAUGGUUAAAUUAGAAGAAGAAAGGUUAUUAUUCAUUAAAAACCUAUUUGAAACAAUCUCCAUGCCAAUUAAUGAUGAUUUAUGUAAGUUAAUGUUGAAAAGUUCAAUCAACUUAUUUAAAUCAAAAAUCGAUAUUACCUGGAGAUCAAAAGUUCAAAUAAAUCAGAAUCUUUUAGGUUUUGUUAAAGAAUUAAUUAAAUACGACGAGGUCAUUAAUACUGAUGAAAUGGAACUCUUAUUCAGUAUUUGGAAAUUACUAGAAGAUGGAUGCUUGCAAUCAAAUACCAUUGAAAAUGUAAAAAUUCAAUUCAUAAGGUUUAGCAAGAUGCUUAUUGUCUACCUAGAAAAAGUAAGCGAAAUUGAAAGGGCUGAAAUUGUAACAAGUUCAUUAACUGAAUUUCAGAAUGUUGAAGCUUCGGCAAUCAUUCAAAGUGAAUUGCUCAAAACUUACGAUUAG